GGUAAAUACAAUAUAUCAUGUAUGAAGCGUUGGACUUGAUGACAAAACGCAUCUUCAAACGAAACCCUUUGUGAUACCUCACCUUUUCUUGCUACACUCAUUCCUUCAAAAAAGUUUCMAGAUCAUUCUUUUUUAUUAUCGAUUCAUACGAAAUGCCAAGCAGCAGAACAAUGAAAUACACGAAGUUGAACCAAUUUGUGCUUGGAUUCUUGGUUUGGAUGAUGGUUUAUUCUACAGUCUCUUCGUUAGGGUGCAGGCGUUCACAAAACGCUCAGGUCAAAAACAUCACAUCCCAGAAGAAGGCCCUUUCAAUCAUAUUCAAAAACUAUGACAAAGACGUAAGACCUUACUCGCAAGAUGGUAAACCUGUUAAUAUCACAGUCAAUAUGCGAAUUAAUUCUAUCUAUGACGUGCGAGAAGAAGAGAUGGAUUACACCAUACGGUUUGCGUUUCGCCAGAAGUGGACAGAUCCUCGUUUGUCAUACGACAUUAGUCUUACCCACGGUAAAGGCCAUCCUUACAUGCAGCUGGAGAGCGCUGACCAAAUAUGGUAUCCUGAUACUUUCUUCAUGAACGCCCGCUCAGCAUUUAUCCAUGACGUCACUAAGAACAACCUUGGCGUUCGUGUGUUUCCUGACGGGUCAAUCUAUAUGAGUCAAAAGAUAACUGUUACAGCUGAAUGUCAAAUGGACCUGAGAAAAUUCCCAAUGGACACACAAAUCUGCGUAUUGAUGUUUGAGAGCUUUUUCCAUACUGCAGCCGAAAUAAUUUUCAAAUGGGAGCGAAGUGAACAACCUGUGGCCAUCUCUAAGGACAUGAAUCUGCCUCACUUUGACAUCGUAUCGUUGAAAACUAAAGAGGUUAACAAUGUCUACAAGUCAGGCAAGUUUAACAGCCUUGAAGUGCACAUUACCUUUCAACGUCGCCUGGGUUUUUACAUCAUACAGAUCUACUUACCAUGCGUAUUCUUGGUCUUCCUCUCUUGGAUGCCUUUCUGGAUGGAUCCGAGUGAGACUGGAGAUAGACUUGCUGUUGGUAUUACCGCUGUCCUUACAUUAGUAUUUCUCUCAGGUGCUAUGAAUAACAAGAUGCCYAAGGUGUCAUACAUGAAGGCCAUUGACUGGUAUGUGAUCGCUUGCUUCUUGGCAAUGGUCCUUUCAUUCGUAGAAUCAAUGGUCGUCUUCAGAGCUGUUGUGCAUGAAGAUAAAAAAGAUGCUAAAGACAAAGAGGAAUGGGGCGAACCAGUAAAGCGAAAGAACGAUGUAUUGCAAGAAGACGACGACAUGCGAGGAAUAUCGGACGAUAUAGAACUGACUGAUAAUGGUCACCUACGUGAAAGACGUUCACAGGGACGUAUCAUUAAGAUGCAGUCGUUAACCAGGAUGAGCUGCGGAGGAACAUCCAAGCCAAAGUCUCUUAAAGCAGCUAAAUACAACAAAAUCGACAGUGUGUCUCAUAUGAUGUUUCCUGGCUUGUUCAUUGCCUUUAAUUUGUUCUAUUGGCUUUUGUACAUGACAUGAGUACAAUUAUCGGCUAGUGCGCAUGCUUUCCACGAAUGCAACUGUGCAUUGCUUUACGAUGUGCUCGCGGAAGUCAUGAAAAAUUAUACCUUUGUUUUCAUUUAUUUCUAUAUAAUGACUUCCUGGAGAACGAAGCUGGAAAAUGUCGUUUGGGUCAAGAUUUUUAUCUCGGAAUAUUUCGUUGAAGCAGAGAAMAAGAAUAUUGAACAUGAACACUGGCGACUCAACAGAAAUGUGUUGAACGUUUUCUUCAAUUACACGUUACGUCAUCGCGGCCAUGUUGAAGCCAUGAAAUAUUUCUCAUUAAUUAGUACCCCUUGCUACUACUCGCAAAAGAUUUUUUUUCGCACCAAAUUGGCCGUCUUGCUUUUGACAUUUUCGGGRUUGCAUGCAAACCAUCAAUUCAUGAGAAGAAAAGAUUAAAUGAUGCAGAUUGUUGCUGUUAAGUAAUAACAAUAAAUGUGAUCUAAAAUGUUCGACUUUUCCAGCCUUCCAAUCUUUAAUACAAAAACACUUUGCAAAAAAGUAUUUUAUAAUUUUCUUUUUAUUAAAUUUCGAAUCGUAUUUUGUAAUUGCAUGUUUUUUGCACAAGCAUCUUUGCAGUAAUCUACUUAUUAUUACAGAAUAAAUUAUGUCCCCAGCAUCAAGUAUUUUUUUCUUGGAAAACAAAUCAGUACAAACUCCAUGAGACGGGAUUUGAAUCCGUAACUUUCUAUUUACUGGUAAGAUGUAACUUAUGGUGGAGCUCGGGAUGUUUUUCCCGGUAAAAAAUAGCUUGUUGAAACAUACUUUAUAUCUCUAACUUAUAUUGUAUUUAUAAUGCUUGCAGAUGUUUUGCUAAUGCUUGAGAACUGAACACUGAACUAAUUGAUCAGAUGCAUGCAGCAAACAGCAUGCAUGUCAAACAUUGAUUUAGCGGCUACCGUGUAAAAAUAAAAAAUAAAUAAAUAAAGCAGGUUUUCUUGUAUKAGAAUAAUAUCUGUGAUAUUUAUGUAGCAUAUGUACACCUUGUGUGAUU